AUCAGUUGCAGCCACGGCUUCUGGGCAACAAGUUCAACAAUAAAUAAAAAAUAUUAAAAAUGAAAUUGUUUAUCAUCUUAGCUUCAGUGGCUUUGGCCCAGGCCGCCAAACUGGACAGGACCUACCUCCCACCCAACGCACAAGCUGCCGCAGGAUCUGCUUUCCUCGAGACUCCUCGUCAGUCCAACGGAUUCCGCGACCAAUCCGGUGCUUACUCCAACCCCAACGCGUAUGCCCAGACUGGUGCUUACUCAGGCUUCGAAGCUCGUCCCGAGCGCGCUCAAGCUGCCUUCGAGAGGAACGCUGCUAUCUUCCGUCAGGACAACUCCAAUGAUGGAGAGACUUACGCGUACGCUUAUGAAACUGAGAACGGCAUCUCCGCCGAGGAGAACGGAGUGGCGACCAAUGGAGUCCAGGCUCAGGGCGGUUACUCCUACACUGGUGACGACGGCCAGGUCUACUCUGUGAGGUACACAGCUGACGAGAACGGAUUCCAGCCCCAGGGUGAUCACCUUCCCACUCCUCCUCCUAUCCCUGAAGAGAUCCUGAAGGCCCUGGAACAGAACGCUCGCGAUGAGGCAGCUGGUAUCUUCGAUGAUGGAUCUUACAGCGAAGGUAAAUACGCUACUGAUAGCCAACAACAGUACUACAACAACGCUGCUCUCGGCAACGACGCUACUGGAAGCGGCAGCUCCGUCGCCGGCGUGCAGAAAGCGUACCUCCCUCCCUUCGCUCAGCGCAACAACCAGAGGAGCGGAGCGAGGCAAUCCUCCUUCAACGCGAGAGACGGAUAUCGUUACUAAAGACUGUGAAAUGAAUUGUUAAAAUAAAUCAUAUUAUUUAUUUCUAAACAUAUUUGUUUGUAUAUUGUCAUUAUGAACCCCUUUAAGACAUUUGGUAUUUAUUAAAAUUAUAUGACAGAUAACAAGAUCUGAAAAUGAAGAAUCAAUAAAGCAAACAAGUUACUGGGUUUCUGGGUUUAAAACUAGCAUUCAUAAAAAUGAACGAAAGAAAUUAGUUACUUCGCGCCUAUUUACUUCAUUUCUUAGAUUACUAGCUUCUGCCUGCGAUUUUAACCACGUCUAAUAACAAAUACGACACUACCCAAUAUAGCAUUCAUGAAUACAAAUCUAUCACCUCGUGCCUUGAAAAAUUGAGACUUUUCACGUCACUAUUCCAGGAACCCCGUGAGCCAGACAGCUUUAUUCUCAUGCCGUGGUGUUGUUGGGAAUUAUUUUUGGCUUAUGUUUAACUGAUCACCAGAUAUAGUAACAAACAGCAGACAAAAAUAGUAAAUGAUCACCAAAAUGAAACUCGCAUUUUAAUGUAAAACUAUCACCAAAGUUUUAACACUUUGCUAUCCUAUUUAAGUGAAAUUACUCCAAAAUAAAUCAUGCGUAAGCCAAAAAUAGUAAAUGAUCACCAAAAUUAAACCACCAUUUUAAAGUAAGAUU